AUGAAAAUAAUAAAAUCGUUAAUUAGAUCACUAGUAGCAUCACCAAAAAAUUUACAUUACGACAAACAACUAAACCUACAGCUAGACUUAUCAUACAUUACACCCAAUUUAAUAGUAAGUUCAGCUCCCACAACUUCAUAUUUAGAAUCAUGGUAUAGGUAUCCUUUAAAAGAUUUGAUUUUAUUUUUAAAUUUAAGACAUGGAAUUGAUAAUUGGUUUUUAUUUAAUUUUAGAGGUGAAGAUCCUGGAUAUUCAAACGAACAAGUUAAAGAUAAAGUUGCUCAUUUCCCAUUCCCUGACCAUUAUCCACCUAUUUUGAAAAUAAUGAUGGAAUCCACUGUUGCAAUUAAUGACUUUUUAUCAUUAGAUCAAAAAAAUAUUGCAGUUUUGCAUUGUAAAGCAGGUAAAGGUAGAUCAGGUACUAUAUGUUGUGCUUUUUUGAUGUAUGAUUCAAUAAUUAAUAAAGGUCAAGAUAUAGAUAUUGACCAAGUUAUUUCUUAUUACACUAGUAAAAGAAUGAGAUUUUUUGGUGGUGAUGGAGUUAGUAUUUUAAGUCAACGUAGGUAUUUGAAGUAUUGGCAUAUGUAUUUAACCAAUGAAGAACUUGAAUUGAGAUAUCAAAAUUGGGUGACUGAAAGGAAGACUAAGAAGAUAUCAAAAAUUAUUUUACGUGAUUGUAUGAAAAAAGAGGUCUUAUUAAGUUUAUCAGAAUAUGAAAUAGUGAGACAAGAAGUAAAUAGAGAGAAUACCAUAGUUAAGAUAUUGAUUCCUUUGUUGAAUUCCGAAAAUUGUAACAUAACCAAAAGUGGAAAUGACAUGUGCUAUGAAUUACGACAACCAAUUGAAGUAGAUGAAGAUGUAAUGAUUGGGAUUGGUAACUUUUGUUAUAUUUGGUUUAACAUGUUCUUUGAAAAUGAACUUAGGUCGAAGAAAUCACUACAGCAAAAUCAGGAAAUGGUUGAUCAUGGAAAUAACGAUAAUUUCCAAUUCACAUUUAAGUGGGAAGAAGUUGACGGGGUUAGAGGUACUAAACUACAAGGUUUCAAAUUAUUCAGUAAAAUUGAAAUUCUUUUGAGGGAUAUAGUAAUUUGA